AUGAUUCAUCAUGAACCAGACUCGGAAUGCCCGGUUGAACUGAUAGUAAGAAAUUUGACACUUGUUACUACGGUGAUGAAACGUGUUAAUAGUUAUUACAAAUGCGUAUGUUAGGUUGUAAUAGAACACUGUCUCGGAAUAUGCGAUAUAUUUUAGUAUGUUGGACAUUUCUCUCCGUGUUGAGAGGUUUUAAAUAAUGUUAUAUUGCCACUUUCUGGCCAUCUCUGUGAAACUUUGGUUAAUGGGUGCAUUAACAACAUAAAAUGCAUUAGCAACAAAUGUAAAUAGUGUUUAUUACAAGAAAUCAACUGCACGAUAGCACACAGGUGACGUGAAUAAUUAUAGACUCCACGAAGAAUUACAUUUUUUGGGUCAAUAGGAAAGAUUUGUUGAUCGUGAUUUACAUUGAAAGAUUGUGUUUAGAGAAUUGUUAAAUCCGAAAAUGUCGAUAAGUACGUUUCAUCCGCGCCCCAAAUCAAGUGCAAAAUUAUCAACUAGAAUAGAUGCGGAGGGCAAAGAAGUGGAGGUUGAAGCAAGAGAAGAUGAAGAACAAAAAUUGAAACUCCAUGAAAUAAUUGAUGUUCUGGUUGCCGCUGGAUAUUUUAGAGCUCGUAUCAAGGGUUUGUCUCCAUUUGACAAGGUUGUUGGUGGAAUGACUUGGUGUAUUGAAACCUGCAAUUUUGAAGUGGAUGUGGAUCUCCUGUUUCAAGAAAAUUUAACAAUUGGCCAAAAAAUUGCUUUAACUGAGAAGAUUGUUGCUGUGUUACCACAAAUGCAAUGUCCUCAUUCAAUUGAACCUCAUCAAAUUCAAGGCCUUGACUUCAUUCAUAUAUAUCCUGUGAUUCAAUGGCUUGUGAAGAAAUCUAUGGAAACUCGAGAGGAAAUGGGUGAUGUAAUUCGAGCAUAUGCUGUUAACCAAUUUAAUAAACGCUACACUCUGCCUGAAGAACACAAUACUUUAGAACUUCAAGAGAAGCUUCAGCAAAAUAUUUCAAUCAUAAAGGAGGUAUAUAGACCACAACGACGGUUUCGACGAAAGGAUGCUCCACCUGAUGAUGAACAAAGUCUUGUGCAAAGUACUCUUCUGGAGUAUGGAUGCAGUUUUCCAUCUGUCCUUUCUACAAAGUCCACAGACAAUGAAGUGGCAGGCGGUGAUUCAGAUGUAACACAAGAGGUUCAAGAAAAUCAGAAAAGAGAAGAGAAAAGAAUUCAGGAUCUCAUGAAUAAUAUGGCAUCUGCUGGUGAAAUGGAAAAUCGCCUUCCAGCUGGGGUAGUUGGCAAUAUUGUUGGCUUGCAAGCUCAGGAGAUAGCACAAGAAGCAAAACGUUAUGCUGAUUUGCAAGCAGAGAUGGAGGAGUCUGGUAUGGGAUCACCAUCUACUCAUGCUCGUGCUUUGAAUGCAUUGAAAAGGAAGAAAGCUGCAUUAGAAGAGAGAUAUAAUAAAGUGAAUGAGGAUAAAGAAAAUCUUACCCAAGCUGUAGAGAAAGCUAGUCAGCAACUGCUCAGUAUCCAGAAAUCUCAAGCUAAAGUUGAAGCAGCUCUUGCUGAAAAAGAAAAAUUAGAAACCUCAGAAAAUGAGGGGAUUCUAAGGAAACUUCAAGCAUUGGUUGUUAUGAAUGAAACUCUCCGACAACAAGAAAGUCAAUUUCGUGAACAGUGUCGACAGGAGCUGGCUAGAUUACAGAAAAAUGUCAAACUUGCACAGGAAAGUGCUACUCCAGAUGAAGACAGUGGACAAGUUGCAAAACAGUUUGUGGAAGAACAAGAACAUGUUCAAAAGUUGCGUUUAUUACUAGCUAAACGAAAUCGGGCUAUUGCUGUUUUACAACGGCAAUUAGAUGAAGUUCCAGGGAGAGCAGAACUUGCACAAUAUCAACGGAGAUUUUUAGAACUGUAUAAUCAAGUUGCUGCAAAACAUAAGGAGACCAAACAGUUCUACACUUUGUACAAUACUUUUGAUGACACCAAGUUAUAUGCAAAGAAAGAAUUAACACUCCUAAAUUCAAUAUUGGAUAAUUAUUCAGAGGCUAUGUCCUCUGCCAGUGGUAAGGAGCAGUUUAUGAAACAAUUUGAUGCCAUUGUGGAAGGAAUAAAACAAAAUAAAUCUAAAGUGGAUCGAAGAAGAACAGAAGAACGACAGAGAAGGGAUAGACUAAGUCAGCAACUCCUUGGGCUUGUUGACCAACAGAGACGUUAUGUUGCUGCUGUACGCCAACUCACAAUUGAAUGCCGUAGAAAUGAAAUGCUGCUUUCUCAGUUACGUGGUACAUGAUGUGAUAUUUCAGAUAAAAUCUGACUGUUAUAUUAAAUUUUCAUAAAAUGAAAAAAAAAACAAAAAAAACCCACAUAUUAAUUUGUUUUAUAAAUUACUGACUAAAAUGUCUAUAAGUGGGAUAUAAUUGAAGUUGUUGAUUUGUAGCAAAUGUUCAAAUGUUAUAUUUGAGGCAAGACUUUUGCUUUUGUUAUGUGCAGAAUGGACCCCGAGGGGGUUUCUCUUUGUACACAAAUUGUUUGUUCCUAAUAUUAAUGUAUCAUGAAUGUAUCAAACAAUAUACUCAUUGUUAUGUGAUAAUAAAAACAUUCCACUGUGGAAUUCCUGUUCUUGUAGAAAUUACAUAUUUUAAGGUUCCUUAGUCUAUUAAUGAAACCUUGUUUUAAAAAUUUUGACUGUAUGAAUCUGAAAUAAUUCCCCUUUACAAUUCAUUGUCAUAUCUUUCGGAGUUGCUGAUUAAAUACGCAUUACGCAAUGUCAAUUUGUAAAGUAAGGCUUGAUUAUAUUUUAUUUUUGGUAAUUUUCGGAUUUUUUCCUUCAUAAUUUAAGAUUCCAAUUGUUCAUUUAAUUGUGUCUUAACCGAUUGUGGUCAGCUAUUCUUUCAUGAUAUAUUGAUAAGAAAUGAGCUGGGGAGCAGUAGUGAAAUUGCAGUGUUCUUCAUACUCUGUUAUUACUAAAAAUUGUCUGC